AUGUACCUCCCGCAGCGCUGGGCCGCAGCUCGCAAGGGGGGGCUGUUCCAGCAGGGCGCGCCCCGCACCAGGGUGCCUGUGCUGAGCGCCGCGUGCCCCCAAGGCUGGCCCCGGCUCUCGGGGGUGGCCGUGUUCGCGGUGUCCGCCCUGCUGGUGUGGAUCUGGGCGGACCUGCCCUCGGGCGGGACGCCAUGGACGCAGACAGGGGAGGAGAUUGACGUCGUGGGUGGGUGCGUUCGGUGCGAGGGUGCGCGACGGUCGGGAAUCGUUAGCUUUGGGGACGUCUGGCCCUUGGGAAUGGAAUUGAAUGUGGGCGGCUUGCCGAAGAUUCUCUGUCGUGAUGGGGAAGCCCGUCGGGCAAUCUGGCACCCCAGUCCAAGAAGAGAACUUGCGAAUGUCCUUCUGAUGGCUUCGGAGGCCCUGCUGGAGUUUGUAGGCAAAGCGGGGUAUCUCAUAUCUUGUGAGCGGCGGGUUUAUUGCCAAUUGCACGAGGUCUGCGACCUGAUCGUACAAAGCCGACGUUGA